CUUCCCGCCGGAAGCGGGAGGUUGAAGCGCUGGGGCCGGCGCGGGGCGGGCGGCUUUGGGAGGGUUGUUCCCGCUCAGCUGCUUUCCCUUCUGUCUGAGGGGAGCGGUUCUGUGCCUCUCUACCUGGCCGUGUUGGGGUAGAGGAGAGAGAGGAGAGGGUCCCUUGGGGCUGCCUCCUUCCUUGACCCCCACCGCGGGUGCCGGCCCAGUUGGCUCCCAGGGGCGGGCUAGGCCUCGCUAGGGCUGCGGGCCUUGUGCUCCCUGGGGAGCCUCCCCUCAGCCCACGGCGAGUGAGCAGCCCCUGCCUUGGUCCGCGCUUGUGCUGCGGAUCUCUGCUGCGCUCCGUUUCCGGGGUGCGUCUCCUCAGAAAGAGCGCCCUGGAUCUGUGGUUCUGCUUGUGGGCUGCCCAGUCUUCUUUCUGGUUUUCUGUAGGGUGGAAAGCUAGCCAGGGAAAAGUUGUUCUAGAGUGUCAGUAGAGCCUUCGGGUGGUGAGAGGAAAACUACAAGGAGUGAAUGCUGUUAGAUAAUGUCACUAUAAACGGGAAAACGGUACGUAACAUCCGGGACUCAAACAAAGUAAAAAAUCGACAAGUCUAUCCAUGUCGAGAUGGAAGAAACUGUGCUUGAGAAAUUGCCAUCUUUGUGCCAUACUCCAAAGGAUUCUGGGACACCAGCUCCCCAGCGGACUAGUUCAGGGAAACAGCCAAUGAGUGCAGCUCUGAGGGAGCGAUUAAGGAAAACAAGACGUUCAUUUAAUACUAAUUUUACAGUUGCAAAGCGGCUCAAAAUAGACACUGAAGAAAAAGACUGUGCUGAUGUUGACAAAGGGUGCCUGCCAAAGAUGAGUACAGAUUGCUCCCGAUUACAAGACUGUUCCAAAAACCUGGAAAGAAACAGCACUGGACAUGCAUGUUUCAAAAGUCCUGUACAGGAAAGUGGUCUUGGGGAAUCAGCAGAGAAUUCUCAUGUGCCACAGGUUGAUCUUAGUCAGCAACAAUUACUGGAAGAAAAAGUAAGGCUGAUGAAACAAGUACAAGAGAAGGAAGAACUACUUCGAAGGCUCAAACUGGUUAAGAUGUAUCGAUCUAAGAACAACCUGUCUGAACUGCAGGCUUUGAUAGCGAAAUGGAGAAGUAGUACCCAACGGAUGCUGUACGAACUACAGUCAGCCUUUUCUGCAGACGGCAAGAAAGUGAGUCUCACUCAGCUGAUAGAUUCUUUUGGAUUAGAAGACCAGUUACUGCACUACAGCAGAACAGAGGAAGAUUUUGUAGAUGCAUAAUCUACAGGUGCGAAGCUUUCAAUUACACACAUGCAAAAGCAGGAAAGACUGAACAAAUUUUGAUCACAUAAGAAGUGGUAAUCAGGCAGUGGACUUUACGCUUUGAGAUUAGGAGGUUUUCUUGGGAGAUACUUGUAAAACUAGGUACUUAGGUACAGUUGGCACUGUAAAAGGCAUUACUUAAUGGAAAAGAUCAAACUCGUGCUAUCUUGGAAGAGCUGUCUUAAUAGCUUGAUCAGUGAACUGUUAUUUAAUAAAAUGGAAUCGAGUCAUACCUUAACAGAUAGAAGGCAGUCUACUCUUUGAUUAGUCUUUGCAUGGUUACUUGUAUUGAAAUAACUAACUCAAAUUAAUUGUCAUUCCUGUUGGUGGUUCAGAUGGGGACAAGUUUAGUUCUUUGCAUAGAUAAAUCCACAUUUUACAAAUGUCUUCCUGCUGCCAUCAGUUAAUGACAGCAUUUUGCAAGUUAACAACAUGAAAAUUAGUUAUCUUAAUAUUCUCAAGCUGCAACGAGAGGUUCUCAAUAGCUUUAAUUAUUACUGAGGGAAAUGUGCCAUAAUGCAGUAAUUUUCAGAUACUAGCCCAGACAGUUGUCUUCUAGGAGGCGGUCUCUGUGGCAUUCUGCCACAGCCUGAGAUAAUACAAGGGAAGGCAAGAAAACUGCAAUCAACAUCUGUCUACUGUACUACAAGAGCCAAGGUGUUUUCGUUCUUCAAAUAAAUAUUAAAAACAGGGCCUUGUCUAAUACAGCAUCAUAAAGCUGAAUAAAAGUUCAUAUUUAAUUUAUCCUCCAAUCAA